AUGGAAUCUUGCCACAAUGAUGAUGAAGAUCUGUAUCGUGCUUCUUCUCUUGGUUGCCUCAGGCAACGCUCAGUCUACAACUACAGCUGCUCCAACAACUACAGCUGCCCCAACAACUACAGCUGCUCCAACAACAACUACAGCUGCCCCAACAACUACAGCUGCCCCAACAACAACCACUUCUGCCCCAACCACUGCUGCCCCAACAACCACAGCUGCUCCAACAACUACAGCUGCCCCAACAACUACAGCUGCUCCAACAACAACCACAGCUGCCCCAACAACAACUACAGCUGCCCCAACAACCACAGCUGCUCCAACAACCACUGCUGCCAUGACUACAGCUGCCCCAACAACUACAGCUGCCCCAACAACUACAGCUGCCCCAACAACGACAGCUGCUCCAACAACCACUGCUGCCCCAACAACAACCACAGCUGCCCCAACUACAGCUGCCGCAACAACUACAGCUGCUCCAACAACCACUGCUGCUCCAACAACCACUGCUGCUCCAACAACUACAGCUGCUCCAACAACAACCAGUGCUGCCCCAACAACUACAGCUGCCCCAACAACCACAGCUGCUCCAACAACCACUGCUGCUCCAACAUCCACUGCUGCUCCAACAACAACCAGUGCUGCUCCAACAACCACUGCUGCCGCAACAACCACAGCUGCUCCAACAACAACCAGUGCUGCCCCAACAACGACAGCUGCCCCAACAACCACAGCUGCCCCAACAACUACAGCUACCCCAACAACAACCACUGCUGCCCCAACAACAACCACUGCUGCCCCAACUACAGCUGCCCCAACAACUACAGCUGCCCCAGCAACAACUACAGCUGCCCCAGCAACAACUACAGCUGCCCCAACAACCACUGUUGCCCCAACAACAACCACUGCUCCAACAACUACAUCUGCCCCAACAACCACAGCUUCUCCAACAACCACAGCUGCCCCAACAACCACUGCUGCCCCAACAACGACAGCUGCUCCAACAACCACUGCUGCCCUAACAACCACAGCUGCCCCAACAACUACAGCUGCCCCAACAACUACAGCUGCCCCAACAACCACAGCUGCUCCAACAACAACCAGUGCUGCCCCAACAACUACAGCUGCCCCAACAACCACAGCUGCUCCAACAACUACAGCUGCCCCAGCAACAACUACAGCUGCCCCAACAACCACUGUUGCCCCAACAACUACAGCUGCCCCAACAACGACAGCUGCCCUAACAACCACUGCUGCCCCAACAACUACAGCUGCUUCAACAACAACCACUGCUGCCCCAACAACCACAGCUGCCCCAACAACCACAGCUGCCCCAACAACUACAGCUGCCCCAACAACCACUCCUGCCCCAACAACCACAGCUGCCCCAACAUCCUCAGCUGCCCCAACAACAACCACUGCUGCACCAACAACUACAGCUGCUCCAACAACUACAGCUGCACCAACAACGACAGCUGCCCCAACAACCACUGCUGCCCCAACAACGACAGCUGCCCCAAUAAUGGAGUCAACCACAACUACAGCUGCCCCAACAACGACAACCACAGCUGCCCCUACUACAACUACUGCGCCAACCACAACUGCACCUACUACACCUACAGCUGCUCCAACGACAACCACAGCUGCCCCAACGACUACCAUAGCUGCACCAACCACAACCACAGCUGCACCAACCACAACUGCGCCAAUGACAACCACAGCUGCUCCAUCCACAACCACAGCUGCCCCAACCACAGCUACCCCAACUAG